AUGUUAAACACUGAUCAAGGAACUAUGUUUACUGGCCAGCGAAUUAAAAAUUUUGCGGCUUCAAGAAACAUUAGUAUGGUUACUUCGAUUCCUUAUUAUGCACAGGCUAAUGGGCAAGUAGAAGCAGCGAAUAAGAUAUUGAUAGGCUUGAUUAAAAAGCAUAUCAGGAGUAAGCCUCGAACAUGGCAUGAGACUUUAAGCCAAGUAUUAUGGGCCUAUCGAAACUCACCAAGAGGUUCGACAGGAACUUCACUUUAUAAGUUGGUAUAUGGCCAUGAUGCGGUAUUACCAUUGAAAAUUAAUUUGAAUACUUUAAGAGUAUCGAAACAAAAUGAUUUGCCAGUUGAUGAUUAUUGGAAUGCAAUGUUUGAUGAGUUGAAUGAGUUAGAUUCCGAACGAAUCUUGGCACUUGAGAAUAUAAUUCGACAGAAAGAAAGUGUUGCUUGA